UGUUGUUGCUGUGGAGUAAAAACCAGCGCGAGCACACAAACUGUGUUCAGUCAGAGCACGCGGACAGGUGGACGACGUCGCUCUCCUUUACGCACAAGUUCGCCUCUGUCUGCACUUUGACAUCGAUGUGUUUAUGGUGGAGAAGGAGAGGAUUUGGUUUCGGGUUUAACCAACGCUGGAUUGUUUUCAAACAUUUCCUCAGCCUUCACCUCAAAAACACCACGUCGCUUUUUUGACAUCUCCCUUUACGCACGUUUUUUUAAUGCAUGGACUGUCUGUGCGUUGAGGACACGCAGGACUGGUGAAGACUUGUUGCGCGCAUCCGCGGAGCGCACCAGUCCAGGAGGCGACACUGUACCUGAGAAGCUUUGAUUUCAGGUUGGAGUCACUGGGAAUUGACAGCUUUCUGCUCUUAGACUAUGAGAGUUUGAUCAUAAUUUAAGAGAGAUUAGUUUCCUCCAGACAGUGUGUCAAAUCUGCUUUAGUUUCGUCCACUGCUUUAGAGAAACCAUUCCUUCUUCAAAUGGCAUCUCCGCGCAGCCACGCCAAACUUUCCCCGGCUCAGAUCCGACAGUUUGAUUAAUUUCUUCCUCUCCUGGUGUUUUUAAAAUCCUCAUCGACAUGUCUGGAGACGGAAACGGAGACGGGCUCUGCAGCGACGGAGCUCCAGAGUUCAUCCCGCCCAGAGUGUCCCGUGGCCGGCGGAGUGGAGUCACUCUCCCCGGUGGAGGCGACCAGGACUCCAUCAUCCUGGAGUCCGUGAGGGCAGCACCUCGCCGGAGCAGCAUCAUAAAGGAUCCUUCGGUGCAGAAAAUGGGCGGAUGCAGGAAGAAGACGGUGUCCUUCAGUAGCAUUCCCUCUGAGAAGAAGGUGAGCAGUGCAGCCGACUGCCUGGCCUUCAUGCAGGGGGGCUGUGAGCUGAAGAAGAUCCGGCCCAAUUCCAGGGUCUACUGUCGGUUCUUCACGCUGGACACAGACCUCAGCUGUCUGCGCUGGGAGCCGUCCAAGAAGGACUCGGACCGGGCGCGCCUCGAUGUGUCCGGCAUCAGAGAGGUCCGCACGGGGAAGAGCACCGAGACAUUCCUCCACAACGGACCAAUCACAGAGCAGCUGGCCGAGGAAGCUGCCUUCUCCAUCAUCCAUGGGGACGACUACCAGUCUCUGGAUCUGGUUGCAUUGUCUGCAGACGUGGCAAACAUCUGGGUGACGGGGCUGCGCUACCUGCUGGCUCACCCCUCAGUGAUCGGGGGGGCGAGGGGAGAGGGGGGCGUGGGAGGGCUGGGUGAGGGGGGGUGUGUGGAUGGGAGUGUUGGGGGGAGGAUGAGGAGCGAGUGGCUGGCAGCAGAGUUCUCUCAGGUCGAUGAAGACGGGUACGGCAUCGUGUCGGAGGACGUGGCCGUAGCUACCAUCUGUAAACUCUGUCCUGGGAUCAGGGAGGCCAAGGUGCGUCAGCGCUUCAAGGAGAUCCAGCGCACUAAGGAGAAGCUCACCUCCCAUGUGACCCUGGAGGAGUUUCACGAGGCGUUCGGCGAGCUGUGCACCCGGCCCGACGUCUACUUCCUGUUGGUGCAGCUGUCCAAGGACCGCGAGUGUCUGGACCCUCAGGACCUGCGCCUCUUCCUGGAGACGGAGCAGGGUUUAUCUCUGGCGACCACUGAAGGCUGCUGGGAGCUCCUGAGGCGCUGCGAGCCGUCUGCUCAGGGCCGGGAGCGAGGCCUGCUGGGAUUGGACGGAUUCGCUCGAUACCUGCAGUCUGCAGAGUGCCAGCUGCUGGACCCCGAACACCUGGGGGUCUGCCAGGACAUGAACAUGCCCCUGUCUCACUACUACAUCAGCACCUCGUACCGCUCCUACCUGCUGGACGAUCAGGUCCACGGCCGAGCGGACCUGGGGGGUCUGAUCAAAGCUCUGCAGACCGGCUGCCGCUGCAUCGAGCUGGGAGUCACCGACGGCCCAGAGGGGGAGCCUCCUGGGGUGGAUUAUGGUCCUGACAUCUCCCGCCACCAUCACCACCAUCACCACCACCACCAGCACCACCACCAACACAGCCCAGUGACCGUGCGCUCUGCUCUGGAAGUAGUCAACAAGUACGCCUUCCUGUCCUCCCAGUUCCCCCUGCUGCUCUACCUGUGCCAGCGCUGCUCUCCGGGACAACAGCGCACCUUAGCUCAGCAUUUAAAGAAAGUCUUCAGCUCCCGUCUUUACACCCCGGAGUCUUUUCCUGCCAGCCUGGGGGGCCGAGCCACAACCUUACCCUCCCCCGAGCAGCUGAAGGGACGCAUCCUCAUCGUGGGGAAGAAGCUGCCUCAGGAGCAGGACGCGUCUGAAGGGGAGAUAUCUGAAGAGGACGAGGAGAUUGGAGGUGGGGGUCCUCUGGCUGGACGAAGAAUGACCAUCCCUGGAGAGGAGGAGCUGGGCGUCGUCUUGGUGGUGCCUCCUCCGUCCCAACCCAGGAAGCUACGCCUCCACAAAGACCUGUCAGAUUUAGUAGCGAUCGCUCGUACGGGAAGUCGCAGUUUCUACGCCCAGAGAGCCACCUACAAACCGCAGCAGUCUCCCCCCAGCAGCCCCUCUUCUCCUGGGACUCCUUCAGCUCCUGAGCCUCCUUGUUGGACGCUUUGCUCCCUGGGUGAAGGGGAAGGAGGGCGUCUGACCACUGAGAGCCCGGAGGACCUGGUGAUGUUUACCAAGCGCACCCUGACCCGGGUACGACCCAGCUCUGUGCGUCUGGACUCCAGUAACCCCAACCCUCAGGGGUACUGGAAGGGAGGGGUCCAGCUGGUGGCGUUGAACCAGCAGACCCCCGGCGCCAUGCUGGACCUCCACAGAGGACGCUUCUCUCAGAACGGAGGCUGUGGGUACGUUCUGCGCCCGGCUGUCAUGAGGGACGAGGUGUCAUACUUCAGCGCUCACACACAGGGCUGCGUGCCGGGAGUGCCCGCUCAGACUCUGAGGAUUAAGGUGAUCAGUGCCCACAACCUGCCGAAGCCUCAGGGCUCGGGGGCUAAAGGCGAGGUCAUCGACCCGUACGUGGUUCUGGAGCUGCACGGCGUCCCGGCUGACUGUGCAGAGCAGAGGACUCGCACCGCUGCUCAGAACCAGGACGACCCGCUGUUCGACGAGACCUUCGAGUUCCAUGUGAACAUGCCGGAGCUGGCCUUGCUGCGUUUCGUGGUUUUGGACGACGACUACAUCGGGGACGACUUCAUCGGGCAGUACAGCGUGGCCUUCGAGUGCCUUCAGCCCGGAUACCGCAACGUACCCCUGCUGGGCCUCGCCGGAGACCCCUUACCUCACACCAGCCUGUUCGUGCACGUGGCCGUCACCAAUCGGCGAGGGGGGGGGAAAGCUCAGCGGAGAGGUCUGUCUGUGAGGAGAGUCGGGAGGAGAGGGAGGGAAUAUGUGACGCUGAGGCACACUGGCAUAAAGACGGUGGACGAGACCUUCAAACCAGCAGCAGCUCCCCUUAAAGAGGCAACUGAUCUGAGGGAGGAGGCACAGAGCACCACGGCCAGCUUCAAAGAGCAGUGUGGGCUCCCUGCGGUGGCCAAACUGAAGCAGUGCAUCCAGAGCCUGGCCCCGCGGCUGCAGGGCCCCGAGGGCAGCGCGGGGGCCUCCAUGGUGCUGAGGGAGGGGUACCCGAGUCUGGAGCCGCAGGGCAACCUCUCUGAGCCGCUGAGGAAACUGCUCACCGCCUACGAUACGAUGAUUGCGGCUCAGAAACAGCUGAUUGAAAAUGCAGAUUCUGUUCAGGAGAGGAUCGCUCAGGUGCAGAGAGAAGGCAUGGACUUCCACGAGGAUCUGUCUCGGCUCGGGGAGAAGGAGGGACUGAAGGGACGCAAGCUGAGCAAAGCUGUGGAGAGUUUCACCUGGAACAUCACUGUCCUCAAGGGUCAGAGCGAUCUGCUGCGAGGAGCCAAGAUGGAUUCCCUGGACGCCCUGAGGCAGCUGGCUCUGGCCUGUGAAGCCUGUGGACUCACCUCCUCUUCUUCCUCCCUCUCCUCUUCCUCCACCUUCUCCACGGCCGAGCUGCACUACUCCUGCCACCCGCCGUCCGGCCGGCGAAGCAGCACUCACGGCAACGGACGCAUCUGACGGAAAAAAGGAGCGGAGAGGAGUAUUUACAGAGGAGACAACGGAGAUGAAGAGAGCGAGAAAAGACUGCGGGAGUAAAACGCAGCACAGGAGACGGAGGAUUUCCUCUCAGGCAGAGUGUGUGUCGCUUUAUCCCCUGCAGUGUGUGUCUAAACCAGAGCAGUAUCUAUGUUAAAGCCUUAUGAAGAAGGUCCAGCCUGCAGAGAGGCUUUCCAUGAAUGAAUGUCCAAACCAUGGAGAACAAAGAAAGACACAGGUUCUUGAACUUUUCACAGCUCCUGCUUAUUUUUCUGCAGGACAACGUGUGAUUCCACAUUGCAGCUCUGCAGGGUUUCCCUCAUUACGGAGGGAAUGACAGACACCUGAGUGAUUUGUGACAACGGGUGAUUACCGUCCUGUUGCUGUUCAGAGGUAUAAAAAGAAGGCAGAGAAGUAGAGCUCAUGGGACUACAUUUUCUCUGCCUCUGCAUUUCAGUUCGUCCCCUGGGAAGGCAGCAAGAUUACCUGUGUGUGUGUGUGUGUGUGUGUGUGUGUGUGUGUGUGUGUGUGUGU